AUGACAAAGAACGCAACACCCUUACAACGGAUGAAACUUGCCAAACGGCGACGGGAACGACAAGAAGAGCACGAGAGACAGGAACAGAAACGAUUGGAAACCAAAGCCCCACCUUCCACUCGUAGUAGUGCUGCUGCAGCUGCUGCUGCUGCCAAGAAGAACCUUGAUGAUGAAUUGCUGUCUCCAUCAAAAUCACCACCCAGAAAAAAGCCCCGCAUGAUCAGAAAACGAGUCGCAUCGUCAUCAUCAGCAUCAGCAGCAGCUGCAUCAUCCUUAUCUAAUAAACCAGCCCAACCAAAGUUGCCUCAAUUUCAAUCCACACCCACCGUCACAAAUGUCAGCAAGCCACUUCCGGUACGACCAGUGCCAUUUCCAAGCAACCGUCUUCAGCAGUCGUCCCUUGCGGCCAAGGGAAAUAAUUUGAAUCAAUUUCGAAAUAAUGACGACGCCACAGACGAAGAAGAUCUGACAAGAGGUGGUGCUGGUGGUGGUGGUGAUAACGAUACGAUCACCAAUAACGAAGAUACGGAUAUGGAAGGUGACGACGACGAUACUGUAGUCGAUCAGCAGCUUCCUUCCUCCAUCAAUGUUCAAUUGACAUUGGAUACUAUUGUCAACAAUACCAAUACUACUACUACUAAUAAUGAAACGGCGGGAGGACCAGCAGCCUCCAAACCAGGGUUUGCCUCACCGGACAGUCGGAGCAAUUACAUGGUCAAUCCCUUGUCCACCACUCUGGCGGCUGCUUGUGCGACUCCGCAGCACCGAUUUCGACCGAUUCGGUCUCAAGGGGAAUCUUUGACCACACCACCACCAUCACGAUCCUUUUUGCAGCCAUCGGUGCAGCAACCAAAGCAAAAUUCGAAUCAUCCGUUUGGCAUUUACAAUCAGUUUGUGAGUGCUGUUUCUGGCGGCGAUAAUGAUGAUAUUGAUAAUGACACUAAUGAGGAGAAGGGAGAAGAAGAUACGGAACCAAUCAGUGGAGUUCAACAUACUGCUGUGGACAGCAAUCCCGACAAUUCGGCAUUCUUGGCGUCUUCGACGUCGUCCUUUGCACCCAUCAAUCCUACAGCUCCCAAAUCUCAACAUGCUCCUUCUACCCACUACUAUCAUCAUAGAGAUGACGACGGUGAUGAUGACGUUCCAUCAGACGCAGAUGAGCAUCAUGAUACCUCCCGUAUUCAGUGGCGGCUCGGAAAUCGAGAGAUAAUUGAUUGGGAAGGAAGCGACGAAGUAUGUUUAGGACUCUUUCUUUGGUUUUGUCUCGGAAUCAUAUUUUUGUAUGCCUUGGGAUUGGGAGCCAAGACCUUUUGGGAUGUACAUCGGUGGGAAUACCAACAGUUACACGACGAAUACCAAACGCUGGUCGAUAUUCUCAUCGACACGGAUAUGCAACCCAUUCCUCAUCAAUUUUGCAUCACCACUACUACUGAUCCAGCAUCUGGCAAACGCAACAGUGGUUUUGACUGGUGGUUGCCACCAAAACCAACCUUGUUGAAAAAAGUUGUACAUUCGGAACAAUCCCGCCAAAGUAUUUUGCAAAUGCAACAACAAAUUCUGGAGUUGGAAUCGGAACUACAGUGGUGGAAAAAUGAUGCCAAUGCCAAGGAAGCUGAAUUGUUGGGAUUCAAGGACCAGCACGAACAAGAUUGGAAUUUCAUCAUGAACGAAUGCUCCAAAGCAAUGACAGCUUCCAUGAACAAACAAGACGAUGGCAUGGACGCUUCCGUGAGACAGGCUGCGUAUGAAGCAGUAGACGAGACAAUUCGAGCCAAUGGUGGUCCCAUGCCGUUGGAACUGCUGCUUGAAAUGCAAGAACUGAAUCGUAUAUUGGAUGAAAGCAACGAGGAGUUGAUGGAACAAAAUUUGGAAUGGCAGCAGAAUAUGCAAGAGCUGUAUGAAGCAUACCAACAGCUACAAGAAUAUCGCAGGCAAGAACACAGUCAAAGGGCGGCGGAAGACGAACGAUUCCAAGAGGAAUAUCAGGCUUUGGUCCAGCAACGCAACAGCUUGGCUUACGAGACAAAACUGCUAGAAAAAAAGUCGAACGAAAUGAAAUUGUUGAUUCAAGAGGAUUCACGAAAACGAAUUGCUGUUUGGCUGGGAGAAGGUUCCAUUUACGAAGUAGAGCUAAAGCUACAUUUUCAUGAUGACAAUGACCAUGCAUAUGAGUACGUGACUGUGGAAUUGGAUGGACAGAAUAUGCCGCAUUCAGCAUUUACAUUCCUAUCGCAAGUGGAAUUGGGCGCCUAUCAAGCCCAACAACGUACCCCCGCUUUUUGGUUCUCGCAUGUUGGAAACAAUGCGGUUCUGGGACUCCCCACUGGGUCUAUUGAUGGAUGGAGUGUCGAGUGGCCGUCGUUGGUUUUCGAAGAAACACAUGAUCAGCUGUCAACAACUGAGCCUUAUGCCCUUGGGUGGACCGGAAUGGGACCCGAACUUUAUAUUAGUGGAGUGAACCAAAGUAAUGGCAAUGGAUUGCUUCAGAAUGCCCCGUUUGGAAGGGUGACUCGAGGCGCGGCGGUAAUUGAUCGAAUGUAUUCGAUGAUGACACUAGACAGAUCCGAAGAGAACAAAUCGCUACAGCAGCUGCCUCGUCCAGUUUCGUUGAUGUCCGCUACUAUACUUUAA